CUCUGAUCACAGACACUUUGGCAAAGGGAGGAUCCCCUGACAAAAGGAGGGAGGGAUGACGUGAUGCACCUGCAGUCAGAAGGGAAGCUCCUUUUUUGUAUUCUACAGCAUGCUGCUGCUGCCUGAGAGAGAGUGAGUGAGAAUCAGAGCGAGAGGGAGAGAGAGGAGAGAGGAAAAAGGGGAUGAGAUCAUCGCAGUUUCCAGGCUAAUGAAUGAUGGAGCUGCAAGCAGUGCGUGGCUGAGGCACAGGGUUCGCUCCUUUUGCUUGGAAAUCAAUAGCAUCUGCAGACAGGAAUACAAUUUUCACAUUACUGCCUCUCACUGCAGCAGCGGCAGCUUUGGCGUGUAGCGCUUGCCCGGCGUGGAUUAUCAGCAGAUCAUUAGUUCAUUUACUGUGGCUUCCCUCUCUUCUCCCCCCCACCAUUGCAGCCACCACCACCCAGGAUUCUCUGUCUUCAGGUUUAUGGGAUGAACAGUGAUGUAUGACUGAUCCCUUUGAACAAUUAUAUGGUUUCUUCUCGGAAAGUACCAUUUUUCAUCACAGCAUAAGUUUUUUCUUCCCCUUUGGGAGUGCUCUUUUUUCCUUCUCCGUUUCUUGGAGUGGCUGAAACUGUUUGGAUAGGAACAACACAAUGUUAGGCAUGGAUGUUUGCGAGUUUGGUGGCCAAAUUCUUGAGCUGCUUUGGCUAACAGUUUGCUACAAAGACAUCAUGGGCGAUAAGGAGGCAGAGAAGCAAGUGCAUGAAGAGGAUGACUCUGAUCUGAAUUACCAGCCACCAGCACAGAAGUCUUUGGAAGAGAUUCAGAACUUGGACAAGGAUGAUGAGAGCCUGAACAAGUACAAGCAAGCUCUGCUGGGGUCCGGACCUGUUGUGGCUGAUCCCUCUGUCCCUAAUGUUCAGGUGACACGACUGACUCUUGUGUGUGAUCAGGCUCCUGGACCCAUCACAAUGGAUCUUACAGGUGAUCUGGAGGCUCUGAAGAAACAGAACUUCACCAUGAAAGAGGGGGUGGAAUACAGGGUGAAGAUCCACUUCAAGGUCAACAGGGACAUUGUAUCAGGGUUGAAAUAUGUGCAUCUGACAUAUAGGAAGGGCCUGAGAGUGGACAAGUCUGUGUAUAUGGUGGGAAGUUAUGGGCCACGUGCAGAGGAGCACGAGUUCCUAACCCCCAUAGAGGAGGCCCCGAAAGGCAUGAUUGUACGAGGCUGCUAUCACAUCAAGUCCUACUUCACAGACGAUGACAAAACUGACCACUUGUCCUGGGAGUGGAACCUGCAGAUCAAGAAGGACUGGAAUGAGUAGCCCCUCCCUCUCAGAGUCCCCCAGCAACACGGUACAUGUGUGAAAAUGGUUCUUUAAAAACUGGAGGUACACACUAAAUAAUGACAGACAGUGUGGAAAAAAAGAAAACCGAAUCGAGAUCAUAAUCCAAUGGAAAGGGGUGAAAAAGAAGAUUAAUGCCUCCUGUUUAUACAUGGUAGUUUGUAUUUUAGACAUGUAGGUGAUAUACUGAAUGCUUUUGUUCUUUCAAUGCUAGUACUUUAUUGUUAAGUGCUGUCCAGGACCUGUUAAUAACUUCAAUGAGUGCUUGAAUGUAAACUGCACAUGCAGUGACUAUCUUCUUGUGUCAUGUGCCGUAUAAACACAAUCUAUUGAAAACUGCAUAAUGUAAAUGGAGUUACAGUCCUACAAAUGCACCUGAUGAGUAUUGCGUGAACUGAAAUGUUUUAAAUGAAACUAGAUUCGUAAACAUCUGCUCUUGGGCUCCUUUUCAAGAUGCUAUUGUGCAUAAACUGCUAGUGAAAGCUCUAGUUGAAUGUCCUUGUGGAAAAUGUUGUCUGUAACAUAUUCCAUGUUUUAGCUGUGUGAAACCCCUUCAGGUUUCACUCAGGUUUCAUUCGCCUGCUCUUGGUCUUUCGUGCCAGUGAGAUUUGUCUUGCUCAAUGUGAAUAAUAGAUUGUUCUUGUUUUCAGAAAAUAAAUACUGUCAGAAUGAUAAUAAUGAAGAUGGCAGACAAAAAAUAAAAAUUG